AUGAGAAGUCUGAUCUCCUUGUCGGUGAUCGCUCUCACUUGGGCGCUUGAUUGCCCAAGCAAUAGUCAGGAAUUCAAUGGAUAUUGCUAUCAAGCAUUGGUCGCUUUUCCAUCAAAUUACACCCAAUCUGACACAUAUUGUGCUGGAAGAGGAUUAGCGAACAGUCAUUUGGCAUCGGUCAUGAAUCAAUUUGAGAAUCUUUUCAUGGCCAGCCUUUUACCAGCUGGCACAAAAGCUUUCAUCGGUGGAAUGCGGGGAUCGAAUGGAGCUUUCACUUGGUCUGAUGGAUUGCCGUUUGCGUUUGAUAAUGUGGACAGAACUACAAAUGGUGGACCAUGUUUGGUUUUGGAUCAAGUGUCGAAGAAAUGGCAACAAGUCAAUUGCUCGGAUGGAUACGCUUUCAUUUGCAAAAUCACUGAAACCCCACCAUUCGUCAUUUCAAAUAGCACUGGAUUUAAGAAAGCCGCCGACUAUUUGCUGAGAGGAAUGGACCCGAGUGCGAAUCCAUGUGAAGACUUUUAUCAAUUCACUUGUGGUACUUUCUUGAACAACACCGAUUUGAAUGGAAGAUCGAGAGUCGGAAUCUAUGACGAAUCGCAAACAGAAGUCAAUCGACAAACAUCGGUUGCUUUAGAUGCGGUCACUUCGAGCUCAUCGCUUACAGAAAGGAUCACGAAAGCUGCCUACAAUGCUUGUGUCUACAACUAUAAUCAAGCUGAUGUCGUCGAUAAAACACAAACAAUCUAUCAAGAGAUCACCAAUGCCUUUGGCAUCACGGAUCUUCCUUUCUUCUUGGACCCAAGCUCUCUCUCAAUGUUCUCCAUUCCCACAACACAAAUCUUCUCUGCAGUCGGAUAUUUUGAGGGCACUCACGCAUUGGGGACUCUUCUCUUCUCGUGGUCCACUGUUGACUAUCAAAAUAUUACGCAGAAUGCACUGUUUAUGGAUCAGCCAGGCCUUCCCCUCCCCCGUGACUACUACGUUAAACCGCAAUUCUUGACAAAAAUCGAAGAUCACGUUCAAGAAUAUGCUGAUCUAAUCUCACUUGUUGCUGCAAAUUUGGGCAAAACGGUGGACCCAAAUGCAAUCUAUCAGAUGGCUGCCGAUGUUGUAAACUUUGAAAUCUCAAUUGCUGUUGCUUCAUUACCAGAUGAGGAAGAGAGAAAUUAUCGACAAAUGUACAAUCCAUAUACAAUUGAUGGACUGAGACAAGCCUAUCCGAACAUUGAAUGGACUGCUUAUUUUGACAAAUUGUUGAAAAAUGUCGGCCUUACGAACUCGAUUUUCCAAUCAAAAGAGGCGAUUGUUGAUGAGCCGACGUAUUUCGCGUGGUUGAACUCACUGUUUUCUGGGAAAAGUGUCUCAUCAGCUACAAUUGUCAACUAUAUUGCUGUUCAAGCUAUCUAUGACUCAGCCGAUUUCCUCGGUGACAGUUUCGCUUUAUUGGCCGAGAAGAACAACCGUUUACCUUAUUUGAUGCAACAUGGAAUCGAUAUUAUCAUGGCUUAUAUGCCUUAUGGACCAGGAUACGUUUACGUGAAACAAAUCGGUGAUGCAACUCGUAAAGCUACGGUAGCCGAUGUCACCAUUCAAACAAAUGGAAUCAUCAGCUCGUUCAAGGAUAUGAUCGGUACCCUCACUUGGAUGACUGACAACAGCAAGAAUAACGCGUACAAGAAAGCCGGCGGUUUAAUUCAGAACAUUGGAUGGCCGGAUAUGUUCAAAGAUUUCAUGGACACUACGGAUUUAGAUAAUUAUCAUAAGCCAGACUAUGCAAAAAUUGCUGAUUUGGAUCAAACAAAGUAUUGGGAUAUCUUGUUGAUCUUGAAAGCUGGAAUGGAGAGUCGGGAGAGUUUGAGAAAUCUUAAUGCACCGGCUGACAGAAAAAACUUUAUCCAAUCACCGGCAAUGGUCAAUGCUUGGUAUCAACCCGAGAGAAACUCGAUCACUUUCCCCUUCGCUGCGUUCAAUCCGCCAUACUACAAUCUUGACUGGCCACAAGCGUUUAACUAUGGAGGACAGGGUGGAACGGGAGGACACGAAUUGACACAUGGAUAUGAUGAUGAGGGAGUUCAAUUUGGACCCGACGGAUCUCUAUCUGGAUGUGAUAAUUUCCAUUGUGGAUGGAUGGAUAUGAAUUCCACAGCUGGAUUCACUGAUAUGGCACAAUGUGUUGUCACCCAAUACACUACCCAAUGUUGUCCAGUGAAGACCGGGAAUGUCCAUUGCGCGAAUGGAGCCACCACUCAAGGAGAGAAUAUUGCUGAUUUGGGAGGUCAACAAGCCGCUUACCGAGCCUAUCGAAGCUAUGUGUCAAAGAAUUUGAACGCCGUUGAAGAACCCCGUUUGCCUGGAUUGGAAGAUGAACCAGAUCCUCACCAAUCCACACGCGCCAGCCAGUUGUCGAAC